AUGUUGGACCCUUUGACCUCACUUGCUAUAGCCUGCGCAGUCGCGCAGUUUCUCGAAUUCGGAUCUAGUCUUCUGGAGCGAGCGUACAAGAUCUCGAAAUCGCCUGAUAAUGCUCUUCCCGAGCUCCGUGACAUCGAGGAACUGGUCAGCAGGCUGAGGGACCAUGCUCAGCGGCUGGAAAGAUCAAGGACCACUGGACGAGAUCCUGCUCAACAUGCAGACGUGUCGGAAGACGAGGCUAUGGGCAUUGCCCUUGCGGUGGAAUGUGAGGCCCUGGCCAAGCGAAUCGAGAGCACAUUCGCGGAUAUCAAGAUCAAUGGGCAGCCUACUAUGAUGGAAAGCCUGAAGUUGGCCUAUGGUAUUUCGAAGAAGAAGAAGGAUUUCGUCAACCAUAAGCAGGCAUGUGAGAAGUUGAAGGAAAGAUUGAUGGAGCAUAUGGUCGGAGCUAUAUAUAGUCAGAACUCCCGGCUGGCCAAGAGUCUGGACGAAAUGAGCCGGCGAGACAGCUUAAUGGAGGUCAGGCUUACAGAGAAGCUCGGAUAUCUCAAGGGCGGUCUAUAUCGAACGCUACCGUCUCAGGACGCAAGCUUGAGGUCUAUCAAGCAAAGUGCAGCCAGAGUCGAUAGUAAGCGACUGGCAGACACACUGAGAAACCUCCUCACCGAGAUGAGAUCCGUAGCGGCAUCGCAACAGCUCUUGACCAGUCUAAGAUACGAGUACAUGGAGGCCAGGCGCUCGGCGGUCGCCCAGAGACACGCCCAGACGUUCGAGUGGAUCUUUGCAGAACCCGAAGUCAUUUUACAGGCCAAGGGCGUUCGAAAUGACUUCCAGCCAUGGCUUCGGUCUGGCAACGGUAUCUUCUGGGUUUCUGGGAAGGCAGGAUCAGGCAAGUCGACACUGAUGAAGUUCGUUUCAUCACAUUACCGGACACGAGAGUCGUUGGCGCAAUGGGCGCAGGGUACGAAAGUCUUCGUGGCCACGCACUUUUUCUGGAAUGCUGGUAGUAUGCUGCAGAAGUCUCAGACUGGUUUACUACGCUCCUUGUGUUUCGAAGUACUACGCCAAUGUCCUCAGUUGAUCCCAGUCGUAUGCAAAGAGCGCCUGGAGGAAGCGAAUGGCAUUGAACCAUUAGCCUGGAAUCUUGAGCAACUUUCCACCCUCGUGGAUAGAUUUCAGUCACAACAGCUGUUUCCUGGUGGUCUACCAGUCCGCUUCUGCUUUUUCAUCGACGGUCUGGACGAAUAUCAAGGCGACCACUCCGAGAUCAUAUCGUGCCUGCGCCGCAUGACCGUCUCGAAGGAUAUCGAGAUUUGCGCCUCGAGCAGACCUUGGAAUAUCUUCCAGACAGCAUUUUCCAGCGAUCCUUCCCAGAUGCUAGUGGUGCAGGACUUUACCCGAGAGGACAUCGCAUCCUACGUCAAGGAGAAAUUGGAAAGCGAUCAUCGAUUCAUCGAGCUCCGGCAAGAAGACUCACGGUGUACGGAUCUGGUACAUGAUGUGACAACCAAAGCUAAUGGGGUGUUUCUCUGGGUCAUGUUGGUCGUCACACAGCUCCUCAAAAGUCUCGGAAAUGCAGAUGGCGUUCACGAUUUGCAACGGCGACUACAGCAGCUGCCUCCGGGACUUGAAGAAUACUUUCAGCAUAUGUUCGAUAAUAUCGACGAGUUCUACAGCCAUCAGACCGCGAGAAUGUUCCAGGUGUGCAUCUGGUCUCAGUGGCCCUUAUCUGUGGUGUCUUACACUGUUCUGGAAGCAGAUGAUCCUGUAGCAGCACGUCUGCUGGAGGACAGCAAAGUCGACGAGCAAGAGCUGGAACGUCUGGUAUCACGACUCACCAAACGAAUCAAUGGUAGGUGCCAGGAUCUGCUUGAAGUGAGUCCCGCUACCGCCAGCAGCCAUCCUGUAGUGGACUUCCUGCAUCGCACGGUGAGAGAUUUUCUUCUGACUAGAGAUAUGCACGAUCUCCUCGAGACCAGGGCAGGUGAAGACUUCGAGGUUCUGCCAGUGCUUUGCUGUAUGAGUUUGGUGGAAGUUCGCCGCCUUGGCUCUCAUACUGAUUACACAAUGUCACGAAGCCAGGCUCAGGCCGUGCGCCGGCUCAUGCGCUAUGCUCGUGAAAUUGAGACACAGCACAAGAAGACGCCCGAGCACGAGUUGGCGCAGCUUCGAGCCUUUUUAAGCAAGGCAACAAUAACACCAGUGGUGGAACACAUUGUCCCUUUCAAGAUCAAGAUCACUGGCAUUGGCAAGUCGCUGGAUGGAAGCAAGCUGUUCCUAGCGCUGGCUGUGCACGAAGGUCUAUACCUCUACCUCGAUCAGUCAAAGCUGCUGGAACAAGCCGAUCUGGCACCACGAUCUUUUCAACCCUCUCUGCUUCGCCUCGCUCUCGAAGACUUCUCGACCUUAGCUGACUCUCACAAAACCAUCAACCCGGACGUUGUACGAUUACUGGUUCGCCAUGGCCAUGACCCCAAUGCCGGUGGCCUCACGAAAACAGAUAAGCAACAUCACCACGCUACCCCGUGGUCCACCUUCUUGGCAAAUAUCGGUACCAACGCCAACAAAUGUGAAGGAUCAAUGCGAACGACACUCCUAUUAACCACGGAAGUCCUGAUCACUGGCGGUGCUGCAUAUGAAGCAGCCGUGCUUGUAAAGCACGGUGACUAUGGUGAUUCGACUUCUCCCUUGAGCGAAGAGCAGGUACUGGCGAUUGUCUUCGGAGAUCUAGAAGCGACACGACUGGAAGGACUGCGUCGACAGAUUCCUGGGAUGCGAACGUUCAAGAGUAUGACAGUGGGCGUCCAUAAUGCGCUUGAGUUCCUAGGGAAGAGCCUGGUUGGGGCGAGAUGA